UGUAACUGUUUUCCCGGAUGUAGGUGCAGCUAUUAAAUACACAAAUUGUCAUUAUAUGCCGACAAUACUGGAUUUAGUGCUUCUGCUCUAUUAUAAAACCUUUACUUGUUGGUAUUUGUGUAGUCUUUUAAGCAGCCUGGGUUGAUUAGAUUGAUAAAACGCUUUGGAUAUUGAUCUAGAUGUGCGCGUUACUGUAAAAUGUGAUUUGUUUGCAAAAUGAUUAGUUAACGGUACAGUUAGUCGUGCUCUCCACGCACAACAAGCGGUUAACAUUAGGUCAGUUUCAAGUCUCUUAUUGGUUUGGUGCAAUAUUGCAAGUUAAUUACUACAUCUAGACGAGAUUAGUUUACCCACAGCAUGAGAACGUGAUGAGAGAUUUGGGUUACUGAGACGACCGCUCCGCUCUCAGGCUACAGAUGCAGUAAAUGAGUAAAGAUAGAGUUAGCCGCCGCUCAAAGCUGCUGUGUUGGUGCUGUGGAUGAGUAAGGCUCAAAGAUGUGUCAAGUUAGUGGUAGUUUUCGUGUAAAGAAAAAACAGUGCAGGUAAUGUUGGCUGAUUCAGAUAUGGUGGAGCAGCCCAGAGUCCUGUCAUCAAUAACUGAGCAGGAGUGACAGAAGGAGGAUCCCCUCUCAUGGACGUCUGCAGUAAGAACUCCAACCGCACAGCCCCAGUGAGCGAGGGGGGACCCAGGAGAGCUGAUGUGCCCCUAUGCUCUCGGACCAAUGGUUGGAGCUGGCCCCCGCACCCUUUCCAGCUCCUGGCCUGGCUGCUUUAUCUCUACUUUGCUGUUACUGGCUUUGGCGUAUUUGUGCCUUUGCUCCCCACACACUGGAUCCCAGCCGGAUAUAUUUGUACAGCAAUUACAUUUGUCUGUCACCUCUUCAUGCACCUGAUGGCCGUCUCCAUCGACCCUGCAGAUUAUAAUGUCCGAGCUAAAAGUUAUAAGGGACCCAUGCCGGUGUUUGACCGCACCAAACAUGCACACGUCAUCGAGAACUGUCACUGCUACCUCUGUGAAGUAGAUGUGGGCCCUAAAUCAAAACACUGUAGUGCGUGUAAUAAGUGUGUGGCAAGCUUUGACCACCACUGUCGAUGGCUGAACAAUUGUGUGGGCAGCAGAAACUACUGGCUUUUUCUCAAUAGUGUGAUUUCUGCUCUCCUGGGGAUUGUUUUGGUUGUAGUUAUGGCUAGUUAUGUUUUUAUAGAGUUCUUUUUGGACCCAUCAAAGCUUCGAUCUGACAAGCACUUUCAACAGGUAAGGAAUGAAUCUGUGGUGUGGUUUGUGUUUCUGCCGGUGGCUCCAGUCACCACAGCAGGUCCAGCCAUUCCCGCUCUAGCAGGAGUCACCAUUGCUCUGGGCCUACUGUCUGCACUUUUGCUGGGCCACUUACUCUGCUUCCACAUAUACCUCAUGUGGAACAGACUUAGCACAUAUGAGUAUAUUGUGCGACAGCGGCAUCGGCAAGAGGCCAGAGAUUCUAGAAAGCCUCCUCCAGAAAAUGAAUCUGGGAUUCCCAAGAUGAAUCUUAUCAAGCAGCAGGUCAGUUAUAGUGGGACACUCGGCUACACCAACCCUGAGAUGGAGGUAGAGGAUCCAACCGCCAUGUGUUCCCAAGAAGGAACAGCGCAUUACGGCAACGGUCGGAUCAGAGGCUCGUCUGAGCACAUGGGUGAAGAAGAGCUCCUCCCUGCUGUCUUAACAGAGCACAAAGCAUCACCUCACCCUCACAAACCCACACAGAAAAAAAAGAGGAAAGUGCGCAAACUUGCAGCUGAGGUAAACAGUGACAGGUCCAUUGACACCAGCACCAACAGAGGCAUGCCAAAGACUUCUGCUGAGCAGGAGUCCUCAGUAGCUGCCGCCACUGUGUCCUCCUCUCUUGGUCAACGCUUACCCUUCCCAGCAUUUCCCUUGCGGGCCUCCCUCCCGCCUCUUGCACCAGUUCAAGCCGCUGGCCCCCCUGCUGAGUAUCAUUCUGACUCUGCAGAAUCUCUGGAGGAGAUCCCUGUAGCAAUGGCACGGCUUGGCAGCGCAGCCCUGGCCGGAGCUCCGAUCCCCACCUGUGCUACUACUGCUGCUGUUUCUGCCACCACCUAUUCCUCUUCUCUCCAGUGUGCUUUGCCUUCCUCAGCAGCUGGACAAGCUUUACCCUCCCCUCAGCCCAGGACCAAGAGGAAAGCGGCCGUUCAUAAAGCUGCAGAGCAGAGGUUUGAGAUGGUGUCCCAUAAUCUGUCUUUGUUCGUGAGUCGAGAAAGCGGGGAGCCUGCCAUGCCCCAAGAGGGCAUUAUCAAAGAAGAAAGUCCCCGUGUGGCAAAACGCAAACAGACAGGUAAAAAGAGAAAUAUGGAGGGCACAAAGCCCAACUCCAGAUUAGGAACCCCGAUGGUGUAGAGAUUACAUUAGAGAGACGCAUCACUACUCAUUGGCACUUGGUCGGUCUUGUUUUUCUAUUAAAAAAUGAGCUGCUUUGGUUCAAUCACACAAAAACUGAUGUAGCACUCAGAACCUGAUGCAACCUAUGCAAACACCACUGAAUGUCAGCAAUGUGGUUUUUGUUGUCUGACCUUUUUGCUGGACAAAACAUCUAAUGCUGGUUGUCAUUUGGUCAUUCUAAACACCUCAUAUUGCAUAAAAUUGCAAAUAGACAUAUUUGACAGUGGGUCAUAAGGUCCAGUCUUAGAUCAAAAUCACUUAUAUAAAGUAUUCAUGAAAUUAUGGUAAAAGUUGUUUAUGGAUUGAAGCCUUGGACUUGGGCCCUCAACUUAAUGAAUCUUUUGAGGAAACUAAGACACUAUAUACAUCUAUUUAGCCUUUCAUUAAUUCCAGUACAGUUCACUAUGACUUUGCUGUAGCAUUGCACAAAUGUUUUUUUAAAUACUCAAUGCAGUGCUGCCAUUUUAAACUAUUUAUUUAUAUAUGUUAAAUGCCAAAGUUUGUUUAGUUUUCUAUGAUGACUUUCAUUUUUUUUGUCUGUGUACAUUAUUGUACAUUAAGUUACCUAAUUUUUAAAUUAUUACUGUUGUUAUGAACUGUUGCAUUUCCUUUUUGUUGUUUUUAUAAGCUUUUUUUAUAUGUCUGGUUGUUUGAAUCUGAUCCAGUUGUGUUUGAGUGAACUUGAGUUAUGUAUUACCGAGUGUACUUCUAGUGGUAUUUAAAUCUAAUGUCAUUAAUGUUUUCUGUUAUUACACUUUUAGUACUUGCUCAAGUACUUUAGUCACUUUAUAAAUGAACAUCAUGCCACAUGAUGUCGGCCCUUAUGAGUGUAAUCCACUCCCUCCAUCUCAAAUGCUGCUCAAACAACCCACUUACACAUUAAUGUUCAAUCUGUGAAUGGAAACAUUCUUGGUACAUGAAGUUUGGGGUAGAGGGAGUGGCUGAAUGAUGGCAUGAUGGGGAAGCAAUAUGAUUUUUUUUUUUUUUUUUUUUUUUUUUUUUUUUAUUUAAAACAAAUAAAAUCAGUUUCUCUUUAACUGUUUUCCUAGACACUUUUUGUUUAGAGUUAUGAAUGGUUUUUAAUAUCAUCUGUUAAUUUCAUUUUUUUAUGUUAUUAUAUAAAAUUGAAAGAAUUAGUGAUUGUAUUUUUGUAAAUUUGACUUUAUUUGGAUUAGAUAAUAGAAAAGUCCACAAGAUGGGACUCAAGCUCGGAUUGCCCAAAGCAUAAU